AACAAUUUGACAUGAAGCAGUUUCAUCAAAAAUUGCUAGGUAUUGGAAGCAGCGAAACAUAAUUCAUAUACUUUUUAAUAAUCCAAGAACUAAUUUAAACCAAAAGAUGCCUGACCAUCUAGGAGAUGAUAUGCGAAAAGUGAAGGAUGACAAAGAAGAACCAGAAAAGGAAAUUAAAUCGCUCGAUGAAGGAGACAUAGCUCUAUUAAAGUCAUAUGGCCAGGGCCAGUACACUAAAAUCAUCAAAGAGGUCGAAGAAGGUAUCCAAACUGUCAUGAAAAGGGUCAAUGAAUUGACUGGCAUAAAAGAGUCAGACACAGGAUUAGCUCCUCCUGCUUUAUGGGAUUUAGCUGCAGACAAACAAACUCUUCAAAAUGAACAGCCAUUGCAGGUUGCAAGAUGUACAAAAAUCAUAAAUGCAGAUUCAAAUGAUCCUAAAUAUAUAAUAAAUGUGAAGCAGUUUGCCAAGUUUGUAGUAGAUUUAGCUGAUUCCGUGGCCCCCACAGACAUAGAGGAAGGGAUGAGAGUUGGUGUCGACCGUAACAAAUACCAAAUCCACAUACCCUUACCACCUAAGAUAGACCCCACAGUUACCAUGAUGCAAGUUGAAGAGAAGCCUGACGUAACAUACAGUGAUGUGGGAGGCUGUAAAGAACAGAUUGAAAAGUUAAGAGAAGUUGUUGAAACACCCCUGCUUCACCCUGAAAAAUUUGUAAAACUGGGUAUCGAACCACCAAAAGGUGUGUUAUUAUUCGGGCCCCCUGGCACCGGUAAAACCCUCUGCGCUCGAGCCGUAGCUAAUCGCACUGAUGCCUGCUUCAUUCGUGUUAUUGGUUCGGAGUUGGUUCAGAAGUAUGUCGGUGAGGGUGCAAGAAUGGUCAGAGAGCUUUUCGAAAUGGCUAGAAGCAAGAAAGCCUGUCUCAUUUUCUUUGAUGAAAUUGAUGCUAUUGGUGGAGCCAGAUUCGAUGAUGGAGCUGGUGGCGAUAAUGAAGUGCAGAGGACUAUGUUAGAGUUAAUUAACCAACUGGAUGGAUUUGAUCCAAGAGGGAAUAUUAAGGUGCUGAUGGCGACGAACCGGCCGGACACGCUGGACCCGGCGCUGAUGCGGCCCGGGCGCCUGGACCGCAAGGUGGAGUUCGGGCUGCCGGAGCUGGAGGGCCGCGCGCACAUCUUCCGCAUCCACGCGCGCUCCAUGAGCGUGGAGCGCGACAUCCGCUUCGACCUGCUGGCGCGCCUCUGCCCCAACUCCACGGGCGCCGAGAUCAGAUCGGUGUGUACGGAGGCGGGCAUGUUCGCGAUCCGUGCGCGCCGCAAAGUGGCCACUGAGAAAGACUUCCUGGAAGCCGUCAACAAGGUCAUCAAGUCGUACGCUAAAUUCUCCGCGACGCCUAGAUACAUGACUUACAACUAGAUUAUUGUAUAUUAUCUGUGGCACCGUAUCACCGUUAUUGUAAUCGAUAAAUAAAGCUAAUGUUCUUAAAA